AUGGAAGCCAAACCCCAACUCUAUUACUUUUGCGGCAGAGGCAGGAUGGAGUCCAUCCGCAGGCUGCUGGCUGCAGCAGGAAUGGAGUUUGAAGAAGAAUUUCUUGAGACAAGAGAACAGUAUGAGAAGUUGCAAAAGGAUGGGUGCCUGCUUUUUGACCAGGUACCUUUGGUUGAAAUGGAUGGAAUGCUGCUGACACAGUCUAGAGCCAUCUUCAGCUACCUUGCUGUGAAGUACAACUUGUAUGGGAAGGACCUGAAGGAGAGAGCCAGAAUUGACAUGUAUACUGAUGACACCCUGGACCUGAUGAUAAUGAUCACCUCUGCUCCAUUCAAACCCCCUGAGGAAAAAGAGGAGAACUAUGCUUUAAUUGUGAAGAGAGCUGAAACCCGUUACUUCCCAGUCUUUGAAAAGAUUUUAAAAGACCACCGGGAAGCUUUUCUUGUUGGCAACCAGCUCAGCUGGGCAGACAUUCAGCUGUUAGAAGCCAUUUUUUUUUUUUUUUGGCCAAUGACACCAGGAAACAAAUUGGUUCUAGAACUGCUGGGGACCAGCCUGAGCAGUUUCGGGGGUUCGAAGGACGGGAUACCCGGAAGACACAGUAAUGAUUCAGAGACAGUGCUCUUGCAAGCUGACAGGUCACUUCUGGCUUCUGCAGUUGCUAAGUAG